AUGACUUCCAGGAUUGAUAAGACUAUUGCUCGCCAGCAAGAAAAGAUCGCGGCCGGUGCCUACUACGAAGCCCACCAACAACUACGUGUCAUCGCAGCUCGUUACAUUAAAGCCUCUAACUGGGAUGCCGCCGCGGAAAUCUUAGCUGGUGGUUCAACUGCUCUGCUGAGGGCUGGUGCCCAGCAGGGUGCCGCGGCAAGUGGUGGAGACUUGGCGAUCAUGCUGGUGGUCGAGGUAUACAACAAGGCAGAAUGGGAGAUCUCAGGACGUGCCGACGAUGGAGAGAGUCGGAGCCGCAAGAAGCGCCUUAUCGAGCUUCUGCGCGAGUUCCCGUCAGAAGAGCCUACCAGAAAGCGAUUUAUACAAGAGAUUAUUGGAUGGAGUGCGCGAUUUGGGCCACUGGAACGUGGUGAUCCGGACCUGCAUCAUGCAGCAGGCUCGGUGUAUGCAGAAGACAACCAGCCAUACGAAGCCGAGAAACAUCUGAUCCUAGGAACUUCGGAAUCGGCGGAGACUUUGGCAAAACUUGAAUAUGAGUGGUACACCCAUGACGAACCACACACCGCAGCUUUGUAUGCGUCGCGCGCUAUCUUCCCAUACCUCACGACAGGCAACCUCCGCAGUGCCAACAAGGCAUUGCUUAUCUUCACCUCACGCCUGUCAACAUUAAACUCGUCCCUUGGCGUGCAAGAUGUGAGCAGCGCCAGCUCCGACAUUCGGGUCUACCCUGCCCUCCCAUUGCUCAACUUCCUGAGCAUGUUACUUCUGACUAUUCAGCGUGGAAGUGCCGAUCUCUUCCGACAGCUCACCGCACACUAUGCGACACAGAUUCGGGAUGUAGGCAUUUGGGACGACACUCUGGCCCAGAUUGGUGAGCAAUACUUUGGAAUCAAGAUCCCUCGCCAGGGCAACCCCCUGCUUGAUAUGAUGAGCGGUAUGUUGUUUGGUGGUCAAGGCCAAGGCAACGCAGGCUCGUCUCGGCCCGCUGUGAAGAAGGUUGAGGCGCCACCGGCCAAUAUGGAUCUUGACUAG